ACAGUGUCAUGAACACGCUGUCUCUGUCAGUCUGUGCGCUCCUGGCGCGCUGCGCGUUUGUGGAGAAGUUGUCUGAUCCAGCGCAGACAAGCGGUGCGCCACUGACAUCCGCCCGCUCCGAAGGAACCCCAGCAGAGGAACACGCGUAAUGAAAGAUUUUACAGCUGGAAAUUCUUACAGGCGGAUAAACUCACAGAUAGAUGGUAAAAAGCUGAAAUGCUCCAGAACCGCGCAGAAAACGAGGACGACGCUGUGAGGGCGGAUCUCCUGCGGGGCUUCACUCCAUCUCUGCGCUCCGUGUGAGGGGAGACGCCGAGGGGCUGAGGGGCAGAAGGAGAACUGGAGAAGAGGGGAAAAUGCUCAAAGUUUGUCCGCGUCGUGUGGAAGUGCCACCCCGCAAAGCGCCGUCCCGCAACAGCUGCAGAAAAUGAGCAUGAAUUGAACGAAGAAUGCAUGUCGUUUGGGAGAUAUCUGUGAUUCUGCAAACAUAUAUCAUCUGCACGUCAUCAGCUCAGGCUAUUACAUCCAAGCUUGAUGAGGGUUGGUGGGCGUACAAGGAUGUUGUCCAGGAAAGCUUUGUUCCAGUCCCAUCCUUCUGGGGUUUGGUGAACUCAGCCUGGAACCUGUGCACCAUAGGGAAGAGGCAGUCUCCCAUCGACAUCGAAACCAGCCACAUGAUCUUUGACCCCUACCUGACCCCUCUGAGGCUCAACAUGGUCGGACGCAAGAUGGGAGGCACCAUGUACAACACAGGGAAGCAUGUGUCCCUGCGGCCCGACAAAGCCCACCUGGUGAACAUCUCGGGGGGCCCGCUGGGUUACAGCUACCGGCUGGAGGAGGUCCGCCUUCACUUUGGGAGCGAGGACUCCCAGGGUUCCGAACAUCUCCUCAAUGGGCAGGGCUUUCCUGGAGAGGUCCAGCUGAUUCAUUAUAACCAAGAUCUGUACGCCAACUACACUGAGGCAGCUAAGAGCCCUCAUGGCAUCGCUGUGGUCUCCAUAUUCAUUAAGCUCUCUGAAAACAACAACGCCUUCCUCAACCGAAUGCUCAAUAGAGACACAAUCACCAGAAUCAACUAUAAACAUGAUGCGUUCUUAUUGAUGGGCCUGAACAUAGCGGACCUCUACCCUGACACCACACGCUACAUCACUUAUGAGGGCUCCAUCACUAUCCCUCCCUGCUACGAGACAUCCACAUGGAUACUGAUCAACAAGCCUGUCUACGUGACACAGAUGCAGAUGCACUCCCUGCGCCUCCUCAGCCAGAACGAGCCUUACAAGAUCUUCAUGAGUAUGAGCGACAACACCCGGCCCACCCAGCCUCUGCUGCAGCGUUGCAUCCGAACCAACAUCAACUUCAGCAAGCAGGGCCGCGACUGCCCCAACAACCGCGCCCUCCGCCCGCAAUACAGAGUGAAUCAGUGGCUCCUGAAAUAGGAGAUGAAAAGAUGUCGAGCUGCAGAACCAUAGGAGGAGAGAAGGAAUGCAUUAUUUUAAUUUUUUUAUGUUUUUUUCACACGGCAAAUCAGAGCUGAGCCGAACACACGGUAGCUGAAGUGAGCCUGCUGCUUGAGCUAAGAGACAACUGACAACUCAAUCGCACAUGAGCUCAACUGACCAACUCCCAACAGUUUGCCGGGUUGGCCUCCUACACAUCCACAACUUAAACACAGUUCGUGCAGGCCAGCACAGAGAGGACACAGAUCAGACCUUGAGUCCAAAGUGCGAAAAAGAGCACAAGACCUCUGAUUUCUACACGGUACUUUGUUAUUACUUGUUGUGUAAACUCACACAGACUGAGAUGUAAAGAAUCAAUCGUUUUAUUUAUCUGGUUUUCAGAAGAGUGGAUGUUAUCUAAAGACUACCGUAUAUGCUGUUUGGCUGUGAUCAUCAUCUGUCCACAUUCAAGGCAAUAAUGAUCAUCCUCUGAUUGGAGGGAUUGUAACAUUUCUGUGGUAUGAUGUGAGAUAUAAAAAUGUGAUGGCUCAAAUAGUAACUAGAAAGAGGAUAUAAAAAAAGAGAAUGUAAAAUGUCUCAUUACAGGUGGAAGGAACAGGAAGUGACUGCAACUCUGACAAUUUACAGACCCAAACAGAGGCUGUGUCCGAAAUCACCCACUCACUCACUAGCCCCUACUUGACUAAAUAGGGACCUCUAUGAAGAGGACUUUAUAGUUUGCUCACCAGCAAUCGGACACUACUUGGUGCAUUUUCUCUGCAUUGGCACAAUCAAUUUUAAACAUUUAUUUUACAAUUAGAAUUGAUACUUUUACAUGUCAUAAAAAUGUUAAUUGACCACCUUUAAAUGAACAAAUAAAGCUGAUGGCCACACUUUGUGCUGUGAUGCCCUGCUCUGCUCGUAUUUACAUUUGUACGACAGGUGGGCUGUUCCUGCUGCCCUCUCUCCUCUCAUCUCUACGCCGCAAGUGGAAUGCUUGAUGGAAUACAGUAUAUUGGUCAGUGACCGUCGGUUGUACACUACUUUUCAUGAUGCAUUGUUGGAAACAAGCACUGUAUAGUUCAUGCAGUACACCAUAUAGGGUAUAAAAACUUUCACUAAACAUUCGGACAGCACUACAAAAUGGCGAACUCUCCAUAUAGUGGACCAUAUAGUGAUUUAUGAGUGAUUUGGGACACAGCCGGAGUUACUGACGAUCGAGGAAGGAUAGGUCACUCAUUUUCCAUAGUUUUGUUAUAGUUCACUUGUCUUCAAGGUAGUCAAUCAAAAAGAGGUGAGAGAAUCUGCUGCGCAUUAGGUCCCUGCUUUGCAUAAUGUAAAGGGCAGGCCUCCCCUCUGCAACUUCAAGAGCUUAGAGACACACCAACAAAAGUUCCUUCAAAAAUUAUGAAGGCCUAAUUCUAUCAAAUUACCAGAUUGACCGCUAACUCACCACUUUCCCAAGCUUAUGGCUUUGACGAAAACAAAAUGGCAAGGGCAAACAGUGGGGGGAAUUGAUUAAACAAUGUGUGUAUCUGCAACCUGCUGCAAAUGUUAGUGUGUCCAGCAAAUAAGCUUAAUUGACGACAGCAUAUUUAAUAAAAAGCCAAGGGGCAUGUCAUUAACUACUUGUUUUGUGAGGUUAUGGGUUCAAAUAACUCUUUAGAACUAGAAACGUCCACUCUGUGGAAGCCACAAUGCUUGUGUAAACCUGCAGGUGACAGCGUUACAUUUGCCAAACUCAUUCACCUAGCAUUUGUGUAAAUAGAAGCAUACGGUUUCACAGUGAUGCAGAAAUAUCACUUCUGUUUUCUGUCCAGAUGUUGUCUAUAAUUAGCAUCAAAACCAUAGGAUAGCCUAUUUUUGUUACAUUUCUAUAAUAGAAUAUCCUCUACACUGAUCAUCAACUGCUGACCUUUUGCCUGGAGGAUGCAGCUUUAGCUUUGUUUAGCGUAACAACAUGUUUCAAUCACAAGGGGUCUACUAGAAGUAUUAUAAAGGAAGAAUUCACAAUCAACUCACAUCAUUGUAAAAUGAGUUAUGCAUUAUUAUUAUGACAUGGACUGGUGGGUCACAUCUAACCACAGUGAAGAAGAGAUGUAAACGGGAUCUUUGAGUUUAGUUAUCUCAUUUCAGAAUUUCAUUUCACUGGCUUGAAAUCGCAUUGAUGAUGAAAACUGCUAUUGGUGAUAAUUAUUAAUCUCCAACAGGGAGGUUAUGUUAUGUUUGUUUAUUAACAAGAGAUUGCUCAAACUACUAAAUGGAUUUUAUGGAAACUUGGUGGAAGGGUGAGGUAUGGGCCAAGGAAGAACCCAUUCUUUCGGAGCGGAUCAAAUUAAGGGGGCUGAUCCAGGAUUUUCUUUCUCUUUUUGUAACAUGGUGAGAUGGGGGUUAACCUUAGAGGAGGUAUGUGCUCUCAGAGUGUCCUUCUAGGUUAUCAUGUUGUUAUUGGUUAUAAUUCGUCUAAUUCUGCCCUAAUCAGUCAAUGCAGUUUGUAAAAAGUUGUAAAAUGAGUGACCUAAAGCAUGCAUAUUGUGGGUGGACACCAUGGAUCAACCGUGGAUCAACACAGACAUAACACUAGUUGGAUUGCUUUGUUCAGUUUGCUGUGAUGUUGUAUGUCAUGAGGGGAACAAUGUAGUUUGAUGCAAAUCAUAAUGUAACUGUAAUAAAUAGAUGGAACUGUCA